AUGCCGGAGGAGGGAGUGAAAAUUCUCCCCACUCUGCAAGUAGCAGUGUUCAUGGGCUCCUGGGUCGCCUCAUGGAUGAGCUUGCUCUUCAAUUCCUACCGGAUGGUCUUGGGUCCAUUGGGCGGCCAUCGCCUCGAUGUUCUUUAUGUCUUCCCGGUGGUGGUCCUGCUUCUCGGACUCCUCAUGACCAACCUCAGCGGGUACUUGGAGGAGCAGAAGAAGGAUCCAGCCUUGGCCAGGGCCGCGAUCUGGGACGCGGACAUGUUCGUCCUGAUCCGAAGGCACGGUCGGGAGCUCUGCGCUGGCAAGGCCCCCGAGGCCUGGAGCCGCCUCAAGACGCGCCAGGCCCUCGGCCGGGGCAUUCCGUUGUCUAUGGUCUCAUUCUAUCUGGCAAGCCGUCACCUGGUGGAAGGGCCAUCUUGUCAGGCGGCAUCAUCCCUGAGCCGAGUUCUGGUUCAGGGCAGAGAGCAGUCAGACAGCCGGCUCGUGAAAUUGCUGGCCGAUCACCGGCAAAUAUGCGGCUUUGACUUGCCCUUUGGCCAAGGGCUGAAUUGCACGACGAGCGAGGAGUUGAAGCCGAAGCAGACUGACCUCCUCCGCCAACUGCAAGAAGGUGAGCUGCCUGCUUGGGGCGAAGGCUUCACAGAAGCCUUACAGACGUCCGAAAAAUUGGUCUGGAGCGCAGCGCAUUGUGAGCAGUCUACGUGGUUGCUGCAGGCAGCGCAGGGUAACAGCAGAUGCGGUUAUGAAACCUGCGUCAGCCAGGGCCCGAUGCCAGCCGGCCCAAUCCGCGAAGUCAACCGCUUCUUCACUUCGCAGGUGGUGCCGCUGAUGAUGGAAAACAAGAACAUGGAGAGGGAAAUUCGACGCUUGGCCAGUAGGUCAGCGAACAAUGUGCUGUUAAAAGCAGGGGCAAGUGUCCUCCCCUAUCCGCUUUUCGCCAGUCUCGUGGCCAAGAAAACUUACAUUGGCAGCCACAGUAUUGCAGGCGUGCUAAUCAUAGCUCGGAGGCAAUGGCAGCUGCAAUUUCUGGUUGGCCUAGCCUCCUUGCUAACGUCAGUACAGCCACUGGCCACCAUGGUCUGGACCCGCCGGCGCCUGAAGCCUUUUCGCAGACUGCAUCUUUUGCUCCACUGUAGCCUGGACAUUCUCAUUCUUGAGAUCACCGCAAUAUUGAUUCUCAAUGCAAGCGUCAUCAUCCACAUAGGCCGAGGGACGAAGCACGCAGCGCACACGUUGAUGGAUGCAACCAGCGAAGUUUUAAAGAGUUUUUCUUCCGUGUCCGAGGCACAAGGAAAAGACCUUUACAGCCAACACACGUGGCCAACAGUCAUAGAGCAAGCUCCGAAGCUCGUCGACCAGGCUGCAGAAGCGCUCAGGGUCGGUCCCUGGAGCUUGGUGCAGUUCCUGGUUUCAGCACUCAUCGUCUACAGCUUGUCAACACAUCUGCUCAGGGCCAGCUCUGUGUCAAGCGAGUUCCCGCUGGUGUCUCGGUGGAAUGCGGCUGUCGGAGGACCUCUGCAGCUUCUUGGGGCCGUGGAGGAUCCUGAGGUCCGACGGCUGUGCCAGCCCGUCCGCUGGCAGAUUCUUCUCCGAUCGCUGCUCCUCAGCGGCCUCCUGCUCGCGUUGUUGUGCCGAGCCAGCGCGUGGGACGUGGGUCUCUUCACUUCCAUGGUUUUCCAAGUCAGGAUGUUCAGGGCUCAUGUUGUGUGGCUGAUUCUGUUGGUGUUGCACCUGAGCACAGGGAUGUUGGUGGUCAUGGACAUCGAAGAGCAGCAGGAGGCCAGAGAUCAGAAGCGCAGGCUAAGAGAUGUGGAAGCUCCCACAUCUGCUAGCGCGCCUCCUCCCUACGGCACCUUCGCCCCCGCGCAGGGGCUGCAAGGAGUGCAGGGCAGCAGCUGCCCUGCGCCAGGCCCAUUGUUGCCCCCUGGGCUUGGGGUGACCACGCAGGCCCCAGGGAUGGUCUCGGGCAUGAGUUCCCAUCCGUAG